UCUGGACUGGUAGUCUAGUGUUACUGUCACAGUGUCACUCCUGCAGCCCACCGUUUAGAAGCGGCUUGAUUACAUCACACUUAUCCUCCACCAUCAUUAUCGUCAUCAUCAUAACUCUAUUUGCAGAAUCUGGAGAUCAUACAACCGGGGUUCCUGACUGGGUUCCACUGUGAACAUGUCAGGCCGAUCAAGAGCCUCUUCCUCGACUGCCUCUUCUGUCUCUGGCUUCCCUUCGGAUGACGCCGACAGCCCUUUGCAUUUACCUCGCGAAUUGAGGCCGCGAAUUCCCACUCCCUCCCCGCCUCGCUUCUCUGCUCUCUCUUCUUCACCCGACUCCCUGCGCGUCUUCCUCUACUUGCUUGCUUUCCGUCUUUUAAAUGCCUUGACUACCCGCACCUUCUUCCAACCUGAUGAAUAUUUCCAGUCUUUGGAACCAGCCUGGCAAACGGCCUUUGGACAAAAUCACGGGGCUUGGAUCACCUGGGAGUGGCGGCACCAGUUGAGAUCUUCUCUUCACCCUCUCUUCUUUACCGCUGUUUAUUCAAUUGCCAGCGAGCUCGCUCGCAUUCUGCAUCUCUCCCCUGCAUGGCAGGCGGAUCUUCUCAUUGCCGCUCCGAAGACGGCGCAGGCCGUUAUCGCCGCAGUUGGAGACUAUUAUACCUGGAAGCUGGCUCGUUGUGCUUAUGGCCUGGCUAGUGCAGAGGCUUCGGCCGUGCUGGCGCUGACCGCCCUAAGCCCUUGGCAAUGGUUUUGCUCAACGAGGACAUUGUCCAAUUGUCUUGAGACAACGCUCACCGUCGUCGCCCUCUGUCUUUGGCCGUGGGAAUGGUCGGUACUCCCGAAAGCGCCCGUUCAGACCAAGACUGGCCGGACACUCGUCACUCCCUGGGAUUUGAGAAAAGAAGUUCAACAGCGUCAACAUGAUGAGGUCGUUCUCAACAGGUUGAGACGGUGUCUGCCGCUCGCAGCUUUCGCUUGCAUUUUACGACCCACCAAUGUCUUGAUCUGGCUGGUCCUGGCAGGCGUCGUAUUGUAUCGCAACACUUGGGAGCGAAGGAGACUCCUAGCUCAAGAAGCUGUGCUGUGGGGCUCUGCUGUACUAGCUGUGUCAGCUGCGGCCGAUCGAUCGUUCUACGGGACCUGGACUUUCCCGCCUCUCCGUUUCCUGUACUUCAAUAUUGCACAGUCUCUAGCCGUUUUUUACGGGCGCAACGAUUGGCAUUACUACCUCUCCCAAGGCUAUCCUCUGUUGCUAACCACGGCGCUCCCAUUUACCCUCGUGGGCUUGUAUCGUGUGUGGACACGCUUGCGUGCAGUCGACACAACCGACUUACAAGUUAGAGCGCAAGCUCAACUGCAGGUUCAGCUAACUUAUGUAUGCCUUUUUAUGCCUGUUGUGCUCUCGUUGAUUUCACACAAAGAAGUGCGAUUCAUUUACCCAUUGUUACCCGCACUACAUGUCUUGACAGGCCCCGUUCUGGUGGACUUGUUUGGUCCAGCAGUGACUCAGUCGUUCUGCAAGCACAUUCCUAAACGGCUCAUUCUGGUGUUUCUUGUGCUGGUGAACGUUGUCAUUGCGCUCUACACCACAAUCUACCAUGCAUCAGGACCGAAUGCUGUUUUUUCAUACCUUCGCGAGCAACGGCAGGCUCACGGCUCCAGCAACCUGGGUAGCACUAUCGAGCCUGGCAUUACCGCCGGCUUCCUCAUGCCCUGCCACAGCACCCCGUGGCGUUCGCACAUGGUAUAUCCCUCCAUCGACGCCUGGGCACUGUCCUGUGAGCCUCCCAUUGGGAUGAACGCGACCCAGAAGGCGGGGUACCGAGACGAGGCCGAUCAAUUCUACGACGAUCCCGCCGGCUUCCUGCGUGUCAACAUGGCCGGUGGGCUGCGCUACUUCCCCCGACGACCAAGUUACCAGGCCCGCUCCGAACGGCCCCGUCCGUUGCAACGGCCCGAUACGAACCACAAGUACGACUGGCCCGACUACCUCAUCUUCUUCGCUCAGCUGGAGCCCACACUCAAGAAGUUGCUCCGCGGAUCCUCGUACGGCGAAUGCUGGCGCACCCACAACACCGACUGGCACGACGACCGGCGCCGUCAGGGCGAUAUCGUGGUCUGGUGUCUGGACCCGACCGAGCAAACGGACUGGUGGACCGCAAGACGCGCCCAGCAACUCCAGCAGCGCGACCGUCUCUUCAACCGCAUCGUCCAGACCAUCCAGGAACAGGCUUCGGGCCACAAACCCAAGCGCUCGUUCCUCAACCGCUGGACCUCCUUGCGCCCCCAUUCAUCGUCGUGGUCGUGGCUGUGGCCAUGGUACCGGCGGCCGAGACACACCGUGCUCGGCUUCGAAGUCCCGGACUGGUUGGAUGAGUUGUGGGAUUAUGUCUGGUAAGAGAAGACUAAAUCCUCUUUUCCUUUAGUAACUAAGUAAAAAGCCUGUAUACCCAUCUCUUUUUUUGUGGAGCUUUUAUCCUUUCUAUUUUUCUUCUUCUUUUGUUUUUUUUUUGGUCAUAUUUCUGUCCUAUAUGUGUAAUCUCGGGUCUUGCUUUUAGGUGUGCAGGUUGAUUUCGCUUGCUCCCACCG